CUCUGUUUUCCGGCAGAUGGAGGGCCGGCGAACAGCUGGUACGUCGGCAUCUGGUACCACAACAUCUCGGUGCGGACGCCGGUGUGGGUGACCAACCGCGACAGGCCGGUCUCCGACCCUGCCACCUCGCGGCUGACCAUCGCGGCCGACGGCAACCUCGUCCUGCUACAACCGUCCGGCUCCACCGUCUGGUCCACGAAUGCCACCGCCGUUAACGCUAACACCAGCGCCACGGUGGCCGUCCUCCUCGACACAGGCAACCUCGUUCUCGCGCCCGCGUCCAACACCUCGGCCGUGCUGUGGCAGAGCUUCGAUCACAUUGGCGACACGUGGCUCCCCGGCGGGAAGCUGAGGCGGGACAAGCUCACCGGCGCCAUCCACGGGAUGACCUCGUGGAGGGCGCUCGGCGACCCCGCGCCGGGGAUGUACACUCUCCAGCUCGACCCGGCCGGCGCGCCACAGUACGUACUGCUUUGGAACGGCACGCGGGAGUACUGGGUCACCGGCGACUGGAACGGCCGGUUCUUCACCGGUGCGCCGGAGGUCGCCGCGUCGAGCGGCAACUCCGGGUACAGCUUCCAGUUCGUGGACAACGACCGGGAGAGCUACUUCACGUACAACUUCGCCGACAACUCCACGGUGUACCGCUUCGUCACGGACGUGUCGGGGCAGGUCAAGGGCUGGUUCUGGGUGGAGGCCACGCAGGGGUGGAACCUGGUGUAUGCCGAGCCCAAGGCGCGGUGCGCCGUGCCGCGCGGCUGCGGCGCGUUCGGCGUCUGCAGCGAGGCUGUCUCUACCGCGUGCAACUGCGCCAGGGGGUUCAGGCCGCGGGACGCCGCAAGCUGGAGCCUCGGCGAUUACACCGGCGGCUGCGUGCGGAACACCGAGCUACAAUGCGGCAAGAACGGCAGCGGCGGCGACUCCUCCGGGUCGAACGCACAUGAUGAUAGGUUCUUUCGGUUGGACGACAUGAGGCUCCCCGAUGACGGACGCAUCGCGGGAGCCGCGAGCUCCGGCGACUGCGAGAGAGCCUGCCUCGGCGACUGCACCUGCUCUGCUUACGCGUACAACGGCAGCUGUUUCCUGUGGCACGACGAUCUGCAAAACCUGGAGGACGGCUUCGGCGGCCAGGCCGGCGCGGGGAGCCUCUACCUCCGCCUGGCCGCGUCGGAUCUCCCCAGCGCGAGGACCCACAAGCGGAGGACCGUCGAGAUUGCCGUCGGCGCACUCGCCAUCGUCUGUUUCGUGGUCGCCGCGUCCGUCCUCGUCGUCCGUACAAUAAUGGCACGAACAACAAAGGUCCAGGGCCUCACCACUGCCGAGGGUUGCGUGACCAGAUUCAAGUACAGGGACCUGCAUUCCAUCACCAAGAACUUCUCCGACAAGCUCGGCGGCGGUGCCUUCGGUUCGGUGUUCCGAGGCCAGCUCCCCGACCGCACCGCCGUGGCCGUCAAGAAGCUGGAGGGGCUCCGGCAAGGCGAGAAGCAGUUCCGCGCGGAGGUGAGCACGCUGGGAACCAUCCAACACGUCAACCUGAUCCACCUGCUCGGCUUCUGCUCCGAGGGCGGCGACCGGAAGCUGCUCGUGUACGAGUACAUGCCCAACGGUUCGCUGGACCGGCACUUGUUCGGCGCCACGCUCUACACGCUGAGCUGGCGUGCGCGGUACCAGAUCGCGGUCGGCGUCGCCAAGGGACUCGCGUACCUGCACGACAAGUGCCGGGACUGCAUCAUCCACUGCGACGUCAAGCCGGAGAACAUCCUGCUCGACGCCGACUUCGCACCUAAGGUGGCGGACUUCGGGCUCGCCAAGCUCGUCGGCAGGGACUUCAGCCGCGUGCUGACCACCAUGCGCGGCACCAUCGGGUACCUUGCGCCGGAGUGGAUCAGCGGCGAGGCCAUCACCGCCAAGGCCGACGUGUUCAGCUACGGUAUGAUGCUGUUCGAGAUCGUGUCCGGAAGGAGGAACGUCGAGCACGGGAAGCCCGAGUCCGGGUCGGAGUCGUCGGCGAGCAGCGCGGGAGACCACGCGGUGACGGAAGCGACGUUCUUCCCUGUUCUGACAGCGAGGAGGCUGGCUGAGGCGGACGGGGACGUGGCGGCGCUGCUGGACACGGAACUCGGCGGGGACGCGAACGUCGAGCAGGUGAGGAGGGUGUGCAAGGUCGCCUGCUGGUGCAUCCAGCACGGCGUGGACGCGCGGCCGACGAUGGCGGAGGUGGUCCAGGUGCUGGAAGGCGUGACAGACAUCGAGCUGCCGCCGGUGCCGAGGUACCUCGAAGUGCUCGCCGGACGGCCGAUGCACGAGACGCUAGACUUCAGCUCGUGAGCAUCUGUUCUGGAAGAUAGUCAUAGACUCGUAUCAAUAUUCAGAUGUCUGAGCUUGUCAAGAA